AUGAUGGAUGGGGGAAUUGAGCACGAUGAUUGGGAAGGAGGAUGGAGAACGCACCUGGAGGAAACAGCUGAGGCCGAGGCCGAGGAGGAUAGCGUGGAUGCAGCAAUCGCUGCCGCAGGAGGAGCCGCCGCUUGGAUCUGCCUGGCCGCGCUCGUUCAGGUGUCGGUAGCGGCUUCGUUUGUUACAGCAGGAGAAGAGGCCGUUGCUCCAUUCGCGGCCGUCGGGUCCUACGGGGAGGUUCCGCGCGUUCCUGUUUCCGCCUGCGCCGCCUUGUUGGACGACCAUUUGGGGUUGGGCCUGUGUGUGGGUUUGUCGAGGGUUAGGACUGGCAAGACUCGAGUGGAGGAAGGUGGUGGAGAGGAGAGGGGAGAGGAGGGUAUAUACGGACCUGGUAAGCCAUUGUUGUAG